AUGGAGCGGCUGCUUCUCGGCAACCUCGCACACGAGAUGCGUACGCCGAUGAACGCAGUCGUCAAUUAUCUCGAGGUCGCCUCUGAAUCAAAUCACGAUACAGAGACGAAUGCAGCGUUGGAUCAGUCUCGCUCUGCAUACUCGUCCCUCAAUAGCGCAAUCCGGCACUUAAUCGAACAGUCCAACAACACCGAGUCGGUCAAGGUUUAA